AGUGAAACUUCUCGCCAUAUUAUACAUUCUCUGAUUGUACUGAAGUUUCAUGCUGUCACUGAGGCCAGGGGAAAUUUCCGCUUAUUAAUUCUGAUCAAGGUCAAUGACUUAUCGACGAUGAAUGUAAAAACAGGUAGUACUUUAAUAUUUAGGUCUCUGCGUCCGUGUCUGUCAUUAAGGAGUUCCUGUCGAGGUCAUCAACAAAGCGCAAGCCAAGCUCCAAAACAUCCUGCCAAGCGAGCAGAGAGGACUGAAUUCCGUCCAGCAGCAACAUCAAAAUAUGACUGGAUCGGUCCUCCAGACAGACUGUCAAACCUGAGGCCCAUCAUAUAUCACAUCCCAGAGCAUGAGACCCCACAGGAAAGGAAGUUGAGGCAUCUGAGACAGGAGACUGAGGACUGGAACCACGAGUUCUGGGCCAACCAGAACUUCACAUUUAGCAAGGAAAAGGAAGAAUAUGUGAGAUCACAGCUGUCAGCGAAAGGGUUGUCAGAGAGAGAUGAUGAUGGAAGGAAAAGGACUCUAAGCAUUGAGGAAAUGGCAGUAUUUUACAAACACUUUUUAGACAAAAACAUUGCAAGACAUGCCAAUUAUAACAGGGAAUGGUAUCGACGGAACUUCACCAUUACACUUCUGAUGGCGAGAGUAGCUCUAGACAACACAUGGAGGACCCUGACUGGACAGACGAGGGGAACCGCACGAGGGAAAGGGAAAACUACAUGAAAUGCAAAUAAAGACACUGCUGAUUUGGUAUCGUCUCAAUGUGGAAGUGAAAGCACUUUAGUUUAGAGCAAAGAUUGCAGCAAAAUCUGUAACUGUUGUGAAAUACUGAAGAUGCUUGUGUGCCUGUGUUUGUAAAUGUGCGAGUGUAAUGCAGCUCAGCAGCACAGAUUUUACAUUCUCAAUAUUCGACAGGGAGAAGCUGUCAGUUUUUAUGAUCUGUCUGAUAACCCUUCAAAACCUGAUAGUUACUGCAGCUACACGUGGAGCGGAAAUAUGCGCGGUUCUGUAGAAGCCUUUAGAAAGCUACAAGCACGUCUUAAAGCGAUAGAUCACCCAAAACUGAACAUUUUAUUAACAUUUACUCACCCUAAAAAACUGCCUUUUUUGCAUGACUUUCUUCUGUGGAACAUGUUUUGAGAAAUAAAUAUUUGCAAUGACGUGAGGGGGAUUUAAUUAUGA